AUCGCGGUGGCGUUAGGUCACGAAUGAGAGCGGUGUGGAUUAAUUUAGCAAUUUGCUUUCCUUCUGUCUUCGAAUGAUAUAUUGUCAUACUUGAGUCGUCGCUGCAGAAUGGCAUAAAAGACUCGGUAAGGACCGGAAGUCAUCAUCAUCUGUUAUUUUGGUUUGUGAGCACUGAACGGUAUUCUUUAUCGACUGAUAAAUUCCUGUCACAACUGAUCUUUCGUUCGAUUUACGACAAAGUUCAUUGUGACCACUUGGACAAACUGACAGCUGAAUCCUCCGCCUUACAUGCUAAAAUAUUUCACAUUAAGCCAUGAGCAACCUUGGCAAGAAGUCGAAAUGGAAUUUGUCGGUUUUCAUAACAAAUUUAAGCACCGAAAAGUCGGUUGAAGUGAAUGGAGAAACUCAUGUUGGCAAAUUAAUGCUGGACCUCGUUGAAGGGCUAGGUAAGUGUCAUAACGGCGCGCCUCUGAUUCCACAGCAUAACCUUUUGAUCGGGUGUGGUGAUUAUGUCGUGUGUAAGAUGUAUUUCUGUUGAGCAAUAGCGAAAUAAAAUUGUCUCGUGACUUGCAAUUGUUUUUUGAGAUGUUGUUGACGGUAACAUUUGAGGCAAUAGUUCUUGUUAUGUAUUGGAAUUUGAAAGCAAAUGAGCAUCCAAAGCUAUUUGGUUUGAGGUAGACAUGUGUAAAUAUUACGAUCAUGUUACGGCCAUUUGAACGUGCGAAAAAGGAGAACUAUUUACGUUAACUAUGUGCUCUUUGUUUCAUAUCGUCUGUCUACAUUUUUACAGAUAUAGCAGCCGACUGGUCCGAUCAUGGGUUAUGGUGGCCUCAAAAACGACAGUGGCUGCUUAAACCUCGAUUGACACUAGAUACCAUUGGUGUUCAAGGAGAUGCGGUUCUACAGUUUACUCCAACGCAUAAAAAAGUUCGAGUACAGUUACCAGACCUGCAAUACGUUGAAGUCUCAUUGGAUUUUUCCAAGCCCAUUUUUCACGCCGUGCAAGAACUUUGUGCCGAACUUGGAAUCAGGCAUCCCGAAGAACUCUCUCUGUUGAAACCAUACGAAGGGUUGAGAAAAGAAGGCCGGAGAAGCUUUCGUGGUAAAUUAAAGAAGAGACAUUCGCAGUCUUCGCUUAGUUCGGACGACAAUUUAUCUACUAAUAGCGACGACAAAACGAGAGGAAGCAAAGAUAGUUUAACAGUUCCAAAUUAUAAUUCGCUUCCCAGGCACGGUUACUCCUCACCGAAUGGCACCCUAAACGCGUCAUCACCGGUUGGUUAUUCAAGUUUUACGUCUGAUGGGUCUUGUGGAACGAUCGAAUCAACAUCAUUAUCGAGCAGCCCAGUCUCUCCAUCAAUUGAAGCUAUUUCAGCAUUAUUUAAACCCAAAACGCUACAAGAAAAAGCUGUUGUCAACAAAGGGUAUGCUUGUUUGUUUGCUAUGAGAGAAAAAUUCUAGGGCCCGACUAAUGUUGUAAAAAGUACAUCAAUCUACUUUAUUUAAAUGUAAAAUGAUCUCCAACAGUCCAUAAAAACCUCGAUUAAAUAUCACUUUGUGAUCUCGACUUUUGGGGUUUUGAGAAGCCUUUCUUUCAUUUUCUCUCAUUCUUCUUCCCUUCAGCAAACAAUAGGGCCAUUGAAAAGUAAUCCACUGCACUCAGACCUCACAUAUUUCCUAAGCCUUGAUUAUACAGUGAUGGUUUAAUUUGAUGUGUUCACAUCUUGUGUGAAUGAAAAGGGUUUUAAGCUAUGAAUAUAAAUGGCUUGAUCCUGUUUUGUUGCACUGGUGUCUAAGGCUUUCUCCUUAAUCCCUCAUAAGACAUUGAUUCCUAAGGAUUUUUAUCUGGUGGUGUCCAUACUUAGUCGUUUCAGAUCUAAAUUCACUGGAUUCAUACCCAGUUUGAGUCAGUUGGUACCCAAACUGUUGGUAGAUUUGUACCCAUCCCAAUAUAUAUUCAUUUUGAAAUACUCACACUCAAGCACAUGAACAGAUGUCCAUCAUUUUGUGGAACAAGUUAGUAGAGUCAAACACAAGCUAGUAAGAUAAGAGCAAAGUUCUCUUUGUAUGCUUGUGACCAUCUUUAAAAGAAAAACUAAUGAAAGCUGUUAUAAAUGUGUUUUUUUUCUCCUUUGGUUAUCAAUUGUAAUAAAUCCAUUUACUCUUCUUUUUUUUUUUCAUUUAUUGUACUCUUCAAACACAUUUAAUAUGGAAAACAUACUGUAUUAGUUUGGGUACAAAACCACCGUGGGUAACGACUGGAAACCCAUUUGGUAUAGCAGAUUGCAAAACUACAGCAACCUGCACUGCUCUUUUGAAAAAGAAUAUAGUGAACUAUGUUCAUGCUUCAAGCUUUAAGGAAAGACACAGCUAGCAAUGGGAUUUGCAAGAAAAAUCACAAUUCUUUGCAAUGUGUUUAGAAAACAAAACUGUUAGCCACAAGAUUUCCUCUGAAUAAAUUGCACAAAACCAUUGAAAUUAAUUGUAAAGAAGUUAGCACCUGUUUUAGUACAGGAAUGCACAAAGGUACAUUUUUAAGUCUUUUAAUGAGCUUGUACUGUGAAAUAGACAUUUUUAAGAAGAUUGGAAUUGUGAUGGAAAUUUUUUUUCCUGUUGCAAGGCUUAGAAUUUCAUUCAUUCACAGUUUGGUUCAUUUUUGACUGUUAGUUAACUGAAACAUUUUCUUAUUAUCUGUCUGUGAUUGCAUUAUUCACUGGAUUAACAUCCUCAUAUUUCAUUUUGGGAAUGGUAGAUAAAAAUUUGUGUUAAAAACUGGUUACAAUUAAGAACUGCCCAUGUUAAACGCAAAUUUUAAAGAACUCUUUGAGCCUGUUGUUAAUUUGAUAUUUACUGUUUUUACACUUAUUUUUGUCAGAUGGAUGGACUCUUCAAGAUCUUUAAUGGCACAGGUAUGUUCGUAUUGUCUAAUCCUGGGUUUGCCAAUCAAGUGUUAAUUUUUUAAUUUCCUAAUUGUUGUGGUGUAUAUACCACUCUAGCUAGUUAAGUUGUAAAACUUGUUUGGUCACUAAUAAUUAUUUCAACAUUAUUUUUGCAGGAAGUUGCAGAAUUUUCCACGCUCCUGUUGAGAUAUAAGUACUAUGCAUUCUUUGACCUAAACCCAAAGGUAGGUAAAACAGGUUUUUAUAAAUUCUUUAUCUCAAAAUAGAUCAGUGGAAAAAAUAGAGAAAAGCAUCAGGGAAAUCAAAUGAUUUUCUAAGAGUUGCCAGAUAAUGCAGAGCAACCUGACUGUUUGUUUGUUUGUUUUCAUGAAAAACCUGAGAAUGGGGAUGAGAUAUUUUUAAGUAUUUCCACAUGUGGGUUUGAUUGAUUUGCAAUUGCUAACUAAUGAUAAUUCUUGUUAAUAACAUUAUAGGUUGAUGAAGUGAGAAUCAAUCAGCUGUAUGAACAAGCUAAGUGGUCAAUCUUGACAGAGGAAGUAGAGUGUACUGAGGAAGAGAUGUUGACAUUUGCCGCCAUACAGGUAAGGGUAUUUUAAAAUGGUCAUUUAAAAUAUUGAACUUAUCAUAUGUCUUUCAUCCUUUUUCAUUGAAACACACCCAUCACCUGUGUCAAGGUUGAGAUUUUAUCAUGUGGUUCUAAUUUCUCAAAAGGACUGGGAGAAGAGAGCCGUGUUCAAGACCUGGUCAGGUCUUUGUGUUGUGGUCUUGUGUUAGACACUUCAUUCUCACAGUGCCUCUCCCCACCCAGGAGGGUACCAGAGAGCUAUCAGUAAAUCCUUAGGAACAGCAGCUUGCUAACUUGCGAUGAAUUAGCAUUACAUCAAGGCAGAGUAGCAUUACUAUCAGUUGCUUCAUACUAUGGAAUUUAACUGGAAUAAGUUGUGACAAUUUGGGCCACUCGGCCUGCGUUCAGAAGUUUACCCCUCAACUUUUGGUUGAUUAUCAUUCAGUCAACGUAGCUCUGGCCCCGUGAUGAUGACGAAGCUUGAUUAAACUGGCUAACUUUUCUUUUUCUUUGCUUGCUUAUUAGUUUCAAGUGAAGUUAACGUCAACUUCACCACAGAACCAAGCAACGAGUGAUGAUGACAAUGAAGACAUUGAUGCAGCGCUCAAUGAUUUACAGGUUCUUAUUAACAACAGUUGUGUUCAUUUAUAAAGGGGGUAAAUUUCUUAAGAAACUGUGGUGCUGCGUUGGUGGGGGAGUACUUCAAGAUAAUUAAGUUUUAUCAACUGAGUUGAUAAUGACAAUUGACCACUGUCAGGAGUUGUUAAGCUGAUUUUUUGAGCAUUAACCAUUUGUCAGAGGGAUUGAUUUAUUCUGACGAAGGGCUAGCACUCAAAAUGUCAGGUUAGAAACUCCCUAUGGGGGCUAAUUUACAGUAUCAACCCAGUAAUAAAACCAUAUUACCUUUAGUAAUAAAGGGGGUAAGUCUCUAAAGAAACUGUGGUGCUGCAUCAAUGGAAGAGUAUAACAAGGCAAUUUGGUAUCAUCUAUUGAGUUGAUAACAUAAAUUGGCCACAGUGAAGAGUUUCAAAGCUGAUGUUUCUUGUGUUAGCCCUUCAUCAGGGGGAAAAUGUUUAGAAAUAGUUCUUUUAUCAUACAUCUGCAAAGGAGAGUAAGUGAAGGCUUCACAUUGCCCCAGUGUCAACAAUGUUAUGGUAAUUUUAAAACUUAAAGCCCAAAAAAGGAAUGCAAACUUUUAACCAACAUCUUCUUACCUUAGAACACUUCAGACUGCAAUCAUAAUUUUAUGCAUAGAGUUGUUUCCUUUUCUGGCUCCUCUGCAACCACUGUAGAAGCUAUUUUAAAUGAAUCAUCUCAUGAAAUUAUUUUGAUGUUGGUGAGAUGGUUGUGAAAUGUAUUGAAAUAAACAAAUAGAUCAAUUGAUUUUCCAAAAUUCAGUGAGAAGUAUGGAAUAUUGAUUAGGUAGUGAUAUAUUACAUGGUGAUGAUUUGCUCUUUACAUGGCAAGGUAUCUCGGAAGCAGAACUAAUCAUGAGUACAUUUUUUCCCAAGGCAACUCUUGAAGGCUCAUCACUCACCACUCCAGGGCAACAGAAGGUACGUACACUCUGGGACUUUUGUAGCUUUUAUAGUCUCAGAUUAGUUGUUCUAUCAUUAACCUUAAAUAAAUAAGAGGAAACAUUUUUCACUGUGACUUUAUUCAUCCAGGGGCCAUUUUUUUCAAAUUCUCGAGCAAAGCUUUUGAAAUAUUUUUACUGCAAGCUGUCAAUGGGAAAGAUGAAGGAAACUUUCUAAUCGUCAAUUUCCAUUUCAGGAGAUUAACUAGAUAAGAAGAAAAUAUUGGUAAUGAUAAUAAGCUUGUGACAGGAAGGGGAAAAAUCUACUUUGUGGAUACUUUUUGUUGUUUUAAACUUCUAAGAAUGGCUUGGUACUCACUUCUAAAUAAUGUGAUAUUUAUUUAGUUGUUUUGUAUCUUAGCAGAGUCUGACAUCAGUUCCAGAAAUAAAAGAUUAUCUUCAUUUGGUGAAGUAAGUGUUUCUGACUCUGUCUUGUUUCUUCUAAAAAUUAAAAUUAAGUUCAGUAAUGAUGCAAUUAUCUGAACCCUUUAAACCCAAAGAGUAACUGGCAUCUAAUUUUUCCUUACAGUUGGUAAUACUGUUGAAUCAUUCAUAACGUCAUGAGAAUAAAGCACAUAAUUGCCAACUUUAGAAGCUUUGAAUUCUCCUGGUCAGUUUAGGGUGUGAAGGGUUAAGAAUGAUCUAAGGUGGUGUUUUUUGUUCUCCUUUCCUAGGCAUAAAACAUUUGGUUCGAAGAAAAAGAAGUACUGGUUUGUCUUCAAAGGUACAGUACCCCCAAAUAAGCAUUUUUUCUUUUUUUUCUUUUUUUUUUUUUUUCAAAACAUUCCUUGAACAUCCUGUUCAGCCUGUAAAUAAUGAAUUUUUUCCUUUGCAGACACCAUCUUGUCACUGUUUAAAUCUCAAGAGGAAGCUUUUGGUCAAGCAGUUCAAAAGUUUAAUCUGAGAGGUAACCAACAUGGAAGAAUUUACCAUUAUGGAGAAUGUAAUGUAGCAACUGUACUAAAAAAAUAUAAAAGGACAGGAAUACACUUUAGUAUCAGUAUGCAUAUUCUACACAUCCCCUGUGAAAUAAAAGAAGAGAAUUUGUCAAACAAUCAAGAUCUUCAGUUGGUGAUCAUUUCCUUUAUUCUCCUGACCUCAUGUUUAAUUUGGAGGGGAUACUUUAAGGAGAAAUUAGAUGUCAGUCACUUUCCUGGGUUAUAAGGUUAAACAUAGGUUUUGCAGGCUGCAUGAGCAUUACACACACAACACACUUAACUACAAAUAUUUCUGCCAUCCUUCUUCUACCCAUUUCUUUUAUCUGAGGAAACUUUUUACUUUCUCUGGAGAAUUUUCUUUCAAGUCCAGCACUAUGUGAUUACUGAGCUGAUUAUUGUUGUUGCCCUGUAGGUUGUGAGAUCACCCCAGAUGUUAAUGUCAGCAAAGAGAAAUUUAACUUCAAAGUUAAGCUCCAAGAAUCAGAGGAUGUUGAAAUCUGCUGCUCUUGUGUAAGUAAAAAGUUUAUCUCUUUUGAGGAAUAUCUCCUUAACUCCCUUCAAAGUUACCUUUUUUCUAAUGGUUGAAUACCUUUAUUUGUUUUUUUAUCUUAGGAAUCUCAGUAUUCUAAAUGGAUGGCAGCCUGUCGCCUGGCAUCCAAGGGAAAGACUAUGGCCGAUUCUGGAUAUGAUGCGGAGGUCUCUGGUAUCCAGGCCUUCCUCAGCAUGCAGCAUGAUAAGGGGGAUGCCACGCCCCUUAGUCCUGGACAAGUGAGUUGAUGCUCUAUCUUCAGUAUGUUUUGACACGCGUUAACAAAACUAACGGAGCGGACUGGUAAACUGUGCGUGGAAAAUGGACUCAAAAAUUAAAAAAUUAAAAAAAACAAAAACAAAAAAAACAGAAAACAAAAGAAUCAAAAAAACUUAGAAGAGAAGAAAAUUUACUGCAAAAAGCUGAAAUUUUUCUCACUGGCUUCAGUUUUCACACAAGACUUGUUGCUGUGUAUGCUGCCUGGAUCAGCACGCUAUGGGAUUGAUUUGGCUAUGCCAGACAAAGUUCUUUGAUUAUGUUAGGGAACUCACGCCAAUCUGUCAGCCAAUCAAAAUCUAAAACCAGUGGCCUCAUAUGGCCACUUGAUCACACGCGUGCUACAGUGCUAGAGGCAGUUUGCGUGUUUUUAUUUUGAGUCCUCAUCAGCUCCUUGUGGUAUUUUCUUUGCUCUGAUUGGCCACUGUCGUUGGUGCUGGUUUCAUGACCCUUCCAUUAAAAAGUGCUUUCUAAAUUAACAUUUGACAUGUGAUGUUUCAUCUUUUCAGAUUCCCAUUCAGCCGGAAGAUUUCGUUGGUCCAAGAAUGUUGAAAAAAUACAAAGCUAAGCAGGUACUGUUAACUUCUGUCAGCUUCUCCAAGUGAAAGCAAAGCUGAGGAACCACGCUUUGUUUCUUUUGCGCUUUUUCUUUCUUAGUGAUUCUCUUUAAUCCUUUGUUCCCGCUACACUUCCUCCUCUCCUCUCCUCUUGCAGUAAUGUUUUCGUUCUACUGUCGACAUGAGAAACUCAAACACAGACGUUUUAACCGCGGAUUGUACAGCUACUUCUUGUGCCUUGUAUAGCAUUAAUUUUUUUUUCAACUUUCUCUUUCAGAUUGCUGCUCGUAUCCUUGAAGCGCAUUCUUCUUUGAACAAAAGCUCGUUGGUUGAAUCUAAAAUGCUCUAUGUAAGACAAUGGCAGGCGUUGCCAGAAUUUGGUCUCUCUCAUUUUGUCGUUCGAUUCCGCGGCUCAAAGAAAGAGGUAAUUGUUUUUAAUAAAAGUAAGCAACUUUACAGCUGAAAAGCAUUUCAGUAAUUUUUCGUUUUGACAAAGGUAAUAUGCAUUUGUCACGAAAGACGGAAGAACAGUUUACUUCCUUGUUAAGAAUAUAACCUCGUUGUAAGCGAAGAAAAGCUCCACUCAGGUGACAUUUUACCAAUACUCUUCUAUGAGGACCUGUAGUCUUGACUUUUGUUAGAACCUUGAACAGUUCUUAUUUCACUAGUUGGGAUAUUUCUUUGUUUUCUUUUGAUUUUCGUUUUGUAUGCUUUGUUCUAAAUUUGUGUUUUGUUUAUUUUUUAUGUCAUUUUGUAAAGAAAAUCCUUACAAAGGCAGUUGUGGGACCUUUCAUUACAAUUCAGUUUGAUUUAAUUUUUUUUCUUUUCAGGAAAUCCUUGGAAUCGCAUUUAACAGAAUAAUGCGAAUCGACCCGACAAGUCGUGAAGCAUUAAAGACCUGGAGAUACAGCGUGAUGAAAGCUUGGAACGUAAACUGGGAGACCAGGGAAAUGGUUGUCCAAUGUGAAGGGGAGACCAUUACGUUCGCGUGCACGAGUGCAGACAUCAAAGUCAUUCACGAGUUUAUUGGAGGGUACAUCUUCAUGUCAAUGAGAAAAGAUGUCAAUCAGCCAUCUAACGAAGAGCUGUUCUUCAAACUGACCGGGGGUUGGGUGUAGUCUGCCUCCUGUUCGAGUCAUUUCUUUUUUAUUGACAGUUGAAGAAGCGAUCAUGUUUCUCUGGCUUCUCUUGUCACCUGUUUUUGAUUGAAUUUAUGUGUCGCCAAGCAAAACCAUCUAUCUCUCUUCUUGUGGCAGUGCUUAUAGUGCGGGAAAAUGCGGGUGACCAAGUUGUGAUUGGUUUUAGUUUUGCAUCUGAUUGGUUUAGAGUGGCGCGAGUUUUCUGGACCAAUCACAGAGCGAAGUGAUGCAAAACUAAUGGCAUCUCGGAUUACUUUCCAUACUCAAUUGAAAAUUGUUAUUCUCCAUCAGUCUGAGGUAAACUAGCUUCGUGUUGUGUCAU